AUGCCCACAAAACAUCAGCAAAGCAACAUGGUCGGACUCACAACUUACUCUGCUCCUUUACCCGUAGAUGUUGCAAUCACUGAGCGCUCACGUAAGUUCUACGAUGGGACGUAUAAGUGGGAUUCGGAAGGCUUCACCGAUGACAAUGGAGUUUAUCGUGAGUUCGACUGUUAUGAUCCUGCUGCCCGAGCUCCCACGCCCCUCCCUCCGAUGUGCUUGAGCGACGAUGACGUAGACGGAGGCGCUGUAGGACAGAAGACUUAUAGCGGAGAACCUGUGGUCCAGGAAGAUGACGCCAGCAGUUUCACAUUCGCAUUAGAUGUUAAGAGCAGAGAUGUUCUCGUCACAGUGCGACGUGAUGAGCUGUUUCGUGGUCAUGCUGACAGAGAGCGUCUCAUCGGCAAGGUCGAGGAUGCCUUGAUCUCAAGCAAAGCGAACAGAGUAAACUUGACGCUGGAAGAGUGUUAUCGCCUGUGUGUCAUCGCAGAUCAUGUCCAGAAGGUUGACAAGUUGUCGAACCAAGGCCAAACGCCUGAGAAGAAUACGAAGUCGCCUUCAGAACUGUCAGACUGCCCUUCGGAUAUAUCUGAAUGGGAUGUGAAGACGACUACAAAGAAGCCCAUUGAUGAGAUGUUUGAGCAAGACGAUGUUGACGAACCGAAGUGGAAACCCACAACCCGAGGCGUCGCACAGAAAGUCAAAAAAGGUGCGAAGAAGCCAACGACCGCAUCGAUCAAGUCCUCGCCUACGAUGAAGUCUUUACAGACGGGCAGCUACAUCAGGAGUACAGGGGAGACAUCCAGGCGCCGGUCAACUCGGCUUAGUAACGCGCAAAGCGGCAAGUAG